ACAAAAGACAAAAGGAAAUCCAGAGAAAGGAGUUUCACGAGAUUCCGAGAUUUGCAGUGACUUGAUGGUGACUGUUCUGCUUUCCAGUUUCUGAUCAAAAUGCCAACAACAAUAUAAACCAAAAUUCGAGUACACGGCUAUGGAUUAACAGCGCUACGAUUCCCGAUCUGAAUCAGGAACAAGGACGAACACUACACCACCGACGGCGAAGAUUUCCAACAACGAAAUCAUAAAGGGCUUCUAAAUGAGCGGCGAAAAGGUUGUGGCAUCUUCUGGAGCUUCUUCGGGUUCUGUGGACGUCGUUAAGGGCAUCAAUGGCCUUGAUAAAGUCGUCCUUCGCGAUCCGCGUGGUAGUUCUGCUGAGGUAUAUUUAUAUGGGGCCCACGUGACAUCUUGGAAGAAUGAUCAUGGGGAAGAGAUGCUUUUUGUUAGUAACAAGGCCAUUUUCAAGCCUCUAAAACCGAUUCGUGGAGGGAUUCCGAUAUGUUUUCCUCAA